AUGGACGUGGCGACUUUCGGGGCAGCUUGUUCGCCAUGCUCAGCACAAUUUAUUAAAAACAAGAAUGCAGAGGAGUUUACGGAGCGCUUUCCAGAAGCAUCUGAGGCCAUCGUCAACAAAACGUACGUCGACGACUACUUUGACAGCACGGACUCUGUUGCAGAAGCUAUUGAACGAGCACAACAGGUCAGAUGGAUUCAUCAAGAGGGCGGCUUCCACAUCCGCAACUGGGUGUCUAAUUCAACAGCGUUCUUAGAAGCGAUGGGUAGUUCAUCAGCGGAAAGUCUAGUGAAAGUGGGCGAAGACAAGAACAACUCUGUGGAUCGCGUGCUGGGAAUGUACUGGCAGGCAGAAACAGAUGUCUUCCUUUUUUCGACUUCUACCAGGGAAGACUUGGGACCAUUUCUGUUCCAGGGACAACGACCAACAAAACGAAUGGCGUUACGUUGUCUUAUGAGCCUGUUUGACCCUUUGGGCUUUUUGUCACCGUUAUUGGUUCAUGGGAAAAUCCUGUUACAAGAUGUGUGGAGAAGUGGAAUAACUUGGGAUGAAGAACUCAAAGAACCAGAGUUCCUACAAUGGCUGAAGUGGACAUCACUGUUUUCUUGUCUUCAAGAUCUAUCUGUUCCACGCUGUUAUUUUGAAAAUUGCGAUCCUGCUGCGUAUGAAUCCUUGCAACUCCAUGUGUUUGCUGAUGCCAGCGAGCAUGCGUAUGGCUGUGUGGCGUAUUUCCGUAUAGUAGAUGCGGGGCAACCUAAAUGCGCAUUGGUGAUGUCUAAGUCUAGAGUUGCUCCGUUGAAACCUUUAUCAAUACCAAGGAUGGAGUUACAGGCAGCUGUUGCUGGUGCUAGGAUGACCAACGCGGUGCGGUCGAAUCAUUCUUUACCAAUACGAGAAUCGUUUUUGUGGAUAGACAACAAAGCAGUUCUUUCAUGGCUUGCUUCAGAUCCUCGGAACUACACGCCGUUCGUAGGGAACAGAGUUGCUGAGAUACACGAUCUAAUCGAUGUAAGAACUUGCCGGUGGGUUCCAACAAAAGACAACGUUGCUGACAUUCUAACCAAGUGGACCGGAGAAGCAGAGUUGAAAUCUUGCAGUCGAUGGUAUCAUGGUCCUCAGUUUUUACUAGAUUGCGAAUCUAGUUGGCCGGAAUCAGCGCUUUCAUCUCCGGGAACGCAGGAAGAACUUCGAGCAAAGUUUCUUUUUCAUGACGUGACAACUACAGCUGCUCUCAUCGAUCCAAGCCGUAUUUCAAGAUGGAAAAUAAUUGUAAGAACCAUGACGAUGGUAUACCGAUUUAUUGAAAACUGCCGCAGACGGAUUGCAAAGAAGCCGAUAGUAGCUGUACCGAGGGGUAAUAUGCGAGCCCUUUUACAAUUUCCGGCAACAAUUACCCAAGUUCAACAGAAAGAAUAUCAACGUGCAGAAUUUCAUCUUUGGCAGAUGGCGCAACAACAGGAAUUUCCUGAUGAAUACUCAAUUUUAGUGUUCAACCGAGACAAACCAGCGGACAAGUGGAAACCAUUGGAAAAGAGCAGUUUUCUCUACAACAAAUCUCCGUUCAUCGACGAGUUCGGAGUGAUGCGCAUGGAGAGCCGAAUAGAACACGCUGUAGAUCUUCCCUUUGAUCUUCGCUUUCCUGUCAUCCUUCCGCGGAAGAACCUUGUUACUACCAGACUAUUAGAAUACUAUCAUCGUCAGUUCGGACAUUCCAACCGGGAGACUGUAGUGAACGAAGUUCGCCAACGCUUCGUUAUACAAAAUCUUCGAGCUGCUAUCAAAGACGUGAUGAAGGCGUGCCAGUGGUGCAAGAUACGGAAAUGUAAACCAGAUCAUCCAAAGAUGGCUCCUCUGCCAAAGGAACGUUUGACGCCGCACAUUCGACCUUUCAGUUACGUUGGAAUCGAUUACUGUGGCCCGAUUGAAGUAACUGUGACUCGUCAUAAGGAAAAGCGGUACAUUGCGGUGUUUACGUGUCUCGUGACCAGAGGCGUACAUCUUGAAGUUGCCCAUAGCCUAUCAACAGACUCCUGCAAGAUGGCGAUACGUCGCUUCGUGAAGAGGAAGGCCGCUCCUGUGAAGAUAUUUUCUGACAAUGGGACCAACUUGGUGGGAGCAAGUCGAGAAUUAGCUGAGCAAUUACGACGAAUCAACGAAACUUGUUCGGAGACCUUUACGGACGCAAGAACGGAAUGGUGUUUCAACCCGCCCUCUGCUCCCCACAUGGGCGGUGUUUGGGAGCGAAUGGUGCGCUCGGUGAAGGAAUCUCUCAAGGCGUACGACGAUGGUGGAAAGCUGAACGACGAAAUACUUCUUACAUCAUUGGCCGAAGUAGAAGACUUGAUAAACUCGAGGCCACUUACCUACAUGCCACAAGAGUCCGCAAUUGAAGAAGCUAUUACACCAAACCACUUCAUCAAAGGUUUCUCAUCAGAGAACAAGGAGGCGAUGUGUGAUCCGGUCGAUCUAGGGGACGCUUUACGCAGUAGUUUCAAGAGGUCGCAGCAAAUGACUGAACGUUAUUGGAUGAGGUGGAUUAAGGAGUACUUGCCAACGCUGCAGCAGAGGUCUAAGUGGUUCCAAAAUACGCAACCGAUCAAGGUCGGGGACCUGGUCUACAUAGCCGAAGGGACUCGGAGGUGCUGGGUUCGCGGACGCGUGGUGCAGGUGAUACCGAAUAAGGAUGGAGUAGUAAGGCGAGUCGUGGUGAAAACCAGAAAUGGAGAAUUGAGACGACCAGUGGUCAAACUUGCCGUGCUGGAAGUUGCAGGUGAAGCCGAUGGAUCCGGAGGGUCAUCAGCUCCACGGGGCGGGGAAUGUUAG